UGGCUACCGGUGUUUAGCAUCAAUAGUCCGUCUUCACGAUUCACUUCUGUCGGCCUCACACAGACUGUGACAGUAAUAUAACACUUUCUGUUUGUCUGCGGCUGAAGGAGAAGUCUCUGUAGAGUCUCUGAGCGGAGCCGGCAGACCCUCUGAAACAGCGUCUACGUUGUUCAUCAAUCAAACAGUGGGUCAACAUGGCGAGUCCAAGGACCAGACGAGUUUUGAAGGAAGUGAGAACCCAAGACGAGAAUAAUCUUUGCUUUGAGUGUGGGGCUUUCAACCCUCAGUGGGUCAGUGUGACCUAUGGGAUCUGGAUUUGUCUUGAGUGCUCUGGAAAGCACAGAGGCCUGGGAGUUCAUCUCAGUUUUGUGCGUUCAGUCACCAUGGACAAGUGGAAAGAUAUUGAGCUUGAGAAGAUGAAAGCAGGAGGAAAUGGAAAGUUCCGCUUGUUUCUUGAAAUCCAAGAUGAUUAUGAUGCCACCUGGACCUUACAGGAGAAAUACAACAGCCGAGCUUCCGCACUCUUCAGGGACAAGGUUGCAACUUUAGCAGAGGGUAAGGAGUGGUCCAUUGAGACAUCUUCUGCCAAAAACUGGACAUCUCCUCAACCCAAGACCAGCCUUUCAUCCUCUCAUCGCUCUGGGGGACCUGGACAGAGCUCAGCACCAUCUGGAGACAAAGCUUUUGAAGACUGGUUGAGUGACGAUGUGAACUCCUAUCAGAGUGGAGGGGGUUACAGUGGGAACCAAGAGAAUCGUUACGUUGGCUUUGGCAACACAGUGACCCCGGAGAAGAAAGAGGAUGACUUCCUGAACAAUGCCAUGACUUCAAUUUAUUCAGGUUGGAGUAGUUUCGCAGUUGGAGCUAGCAAGUUUGCCUCAAUUGCUAAAGAUAAUACAUCUAAACUGGCAAACCAAGCAACCUUAAAGGCCACAGAGUUAGGACAGACAUUAAAUGAGAGUGUUAUCAAACCUACCCAAGAAAAGGUGAAAGAUGGCAAAUUGCUAGAUGAAAUGACAGUCAGCAUCACUGGGCUGGCAAACAAGGUUCAGGGAGCAGGUGCAAAAUUGGGUACUCUCUUCAUGGGUAAACAAGAAGAUGGGUCUGCUGGAGAGAGCUAUCAGAACAUGGAUGCUACUGAGGGAUAUCAGGGCAGUUCUACCCAGCCUGUGGCAAAGGACUUCUGGGAAACCUUUGGUAGCAACAACUCCUUAAAGGCCAAGAAAUCUCCCAGCAGUGACAGCUGGACCAUCGCAGAUAAUUCUGCAAAGAAGAGCUCUGACAGUUGGGACAAUUGGGGCUCCGAAGCAGCUUCCAACAACAAACACAGCACAGAGGAGAGUUGGGAGGCCUGGGACAGCCACUGGGACAACAAGGAUGGUAAGGCCAAGAAGAGUCCCACGAAACCUGCUGAGGAAACCUGGGAUAAUGCAGACUGGUAGUGAUCUCAUAACCAUACAGCUCUUCACCUUUAUUCCUCACUCUGGCCUUUUCCCUCUGUCUCUCUCUCUCUCUGUUCAUCUCAACUGCACUUUCAGGGAAAGAGCUGCAUUCAGCUUACUUCCUGUCAAUGCAUUCAAAUGAUAUUUAUCUAACACCCAAGAAACAAUAAAUGAAGCUCUGGGUUAAGUUGAGCUCAUGAUGGAAUUAAUAUUCUUAAAAACUAUAUUGACUUGCGAUCAUGUAUAUUGCUGUAAAUUAUCUUCACCACAGAAAAUAAAGAAGAUUAAUCAGUGUAGAUAUGGUCAUACAUCACUGCCCAAGCCCUCAAAGUAUAAUAUUAAUUAUAUAUAUUAAUUAUUAUAAUAUUAAUAAUACCGCCAGUGAUCAUACUGUGUAAUGGUUUUAGUGACACUGGUACUCAAUUCGCUAUAUUAAAAAAAAAAUGAUGCAUGAGCUACAAAAUCUGAUAUUGUAAAUAUAAAUAAUUGUAUAUACAGUAUGAGUGACUAAACACUAAUCAUGUCCUUUUCUGUGCGGCCACUCAUAUCGACUUAUUCUGUCCCUGGACUUUCAGCACGUUUUGUUAAACAGAUUUGGAAUUUCAUUUUUGAUGAGAAUAAAGUCUUUUCCGUACUGUAGUCACCAAGUGUUAUAAAAUGUAAAUUAACAAAUAACCAUCGUCAAACUGGAUUUGAUUUUAACAUCGAUGGAGCUGUGGACACUCAUUUUGACCGAUGCAAUAUUGUAAAUUUAGUUCCACUUUUUUUCAUCUUCACCAGCUUUUGUUAACAAGGGCUAAAGACCUCUCUCUAACUCCCACUCAGUUGCAGUUCAGUUGCAGUUAAAGUAUUCUUUUAAUCACAUCCAGAACAUCAUAUAGGGAUUUUUUUGUUAUGCUACUGUACUGCAAUUGACCAUAUAUUUUUUUUACUUCACUGCAGUUAGACAGUUUGAAAUUAGAUAAUUUCAAUUGAAAAAAGUCAAGCUGUAAUAUGCCAGGAAUCCAUUUCAAGAUGAAAUCCAGAAGCAUUGACUUAAUACCCGCCAUUAGAUUGUGAUCAACUGGGGGAGCGUAGGGGUGUGAUAUUAUACAAUGUAUUUGUUUCUUUUCCUGACUUGAAGCUGGAUGGUGCUCUUUAAAUUAAUGUUAAGUGCAGGCAGGAUAUGCUGUAUUCACUUGUGUAAACCGACUUAAAUCAGGCUCAGGUUAUAUCAGGCCCCUAAUAUACUUGUGUUCUCUUAUAAAUCCAGCUGAUGUUCAGAAACAGUGAAUAAUGCUCUAUUAUAAAAAAUGUGGAAUCAGCAGUAUGUGGUUUCUUUACGAUUUCCUUUUUUUCCCAAGACACAUUUGGGAAUUUUAAAUAAUUGGUGUCUAAAUAUCAUUUAUACAGUUCAGUGAUAAUUCCAUAUGAAAGUCACUCAUUGCAGGAUAAUAUACUGUAUAUGAGUGUGGAGGUUGUGUUUUGAUAACUGGACACAGAUGGGGGACUUGUUAAUUGCAUGGUGUUGUAACUGCCAAACCUGUGAGCCUGUAACCCACUGUGGGCCAUUGUAAAUUUCAUCACGCAUGAAGUAACACUGUAUGAACUGUUCUCCUCACCUGUGUCAACUGUCAUUGCACCUCGGUCAAUAUGAAUUGUGAGGAUUUGGUGUCCUGUGUAUCUUGACACUGGAGUAUUAACAUCUGAAUUAUGGAGUAAUGUUAAUGAGACUCAUAGGCUGAAAUCUUAAAUGGUCUCAAAUACUUGUUAUGAAUUAUUUUAAUCAACCUUGUGCAUCCCUCAGUCAGAUUUAAUGGCAUCUGCAUUUACUGCACAUUGUUCACUGUAGACACGAUAGUAUCAGUGGAGUGUUAUCAGGAUGAAAUUGAGCAUUUCAUAAGCUGGAUAGUCUGGUUAUCUUAAAUUUUAAAUGAGCUAUUCACGUUUAGAACUGGGGAAAUAGUUGUAGAUCUAAUUUUCUGACGUGGCCUUCAAUUCCCUGUGACGUAUAAUGCUCUAAGUUAAUCAUACUAUGAAGUCUGAUUUGUUUGUACAUGUUAUUACCUAGAGAUGCUCAGUUUCCAUGAUGGUUCAAACCACUCAAACUCAAGUUAAGUACACUUGAACCAAUUCCAGCAGAGGUUUAAUUUUUACAUUACAAGAUGGAGUAAAUAACCGAUAUCAGAAGACAUCUUAUCACUCAUGUGAUUCAUGAAGGCUUUGACGUCUGUGACCAAUGGUCAGUAGUCAAUUAUUAACUGCACACAGAGCAGUCCACUAGUGCAAUAUAACGGCUGGAUUGUUGUCUGUUAUUAGGGUGUUUUAACAUUCAUUGUACUUAAGUAGGUGGUCCUCAUUGGGUCUCAUAGUUGGUAAAAAAUGUAAUUUAACUAUUAAAGAUAUUAUCUGUUACAGGAUAAAAGAUCCUGGGAACUUUAUUCCAUGCUUAUUUCCUACCUCUAAAAUGUGUUCAGUUUACUGCCAAAUACCCAGUAGUGAACAUGAUUGUUUCUUAAUAUUUCAGCAUUUUUUUGAUGUACAUCUCACUAGGUUUGAUUUGCUGUGACCCAUUUUGUCUUUGUUAAAAGAAGUAUGUUUAAGCAAAGCAACAAAGGAUGGGUCUACAAUAUUCAGUCGUUUGUUUUCUUUUAGUGAGAAUGCAAUUAUGUUCACAAAAGAAAAAAAAAAAAGAUCACUCCUGGAACAUUUGUGUUGCUGAAACUCUGCAGUCACGUGUUCAUGUACGGUCAUGUGUUAAAAGCCUUAAAUAGCUGUGUUUGCUUUCUGUUGACUCCGAUGUCAGUCUACUUGUGUGUGUCUGAUGCAGUGAGGUGUACAUGUCAGUAAAUGAUCAUCUAAAAUAAUGUCAAAUGAUAUAUCGUCACUCUAAAGCUUCAUUAUUAUUUUUUUUUAUUUUAUGAUGGCAUGACAAAACAUAUCAAAUGCCAGGAAAUGAAAAGAAGACUGCUGUGACAUCUUGCAGUUUAAAAAGGGAAAUAUCUGAAUAGUCACUUGUCUGGAAUCUGUAAAAGAGCUUAUAGCUUUGGAAAACAUUAGCUUUCCUUUUUGGUGAAUGUCUUGUUUGGGUUACUAAUACACUUGAUUUGUGGAUAAAUCUCUGAAUAUGUUAUUGAAUGAAAUGCAUCCAAUAGGUCUUGACAUAAAGUGAUGAUUUUUUUUCUAUUAAUGAAUCUGGUUAUGAUUUAUAUUGCCACAUAGUCCCAUUUUCAACUUUUCAUAGCAGCAGUUUAGCUCAGUGUCUGUGCCUGUUGAGCAUUUGAGAUCGGGUAUGUCAGUGUUUGUUAAAUUGACUAUUGUGUCAGAAAUACUAUUUUUGAUGUCAUGCAUGAGAUGUAACGUGGAGCUAAAAUACAUUCAACUGUUUUGAACUUUCAGAAGUCGUUUCCUCAGUGAUUUUAAGUGCGUUUGUCUGCUUGCCCCUUCCAAGAUUCACCAGCAGCCAUCCCAUGAGGUGUGCCAGUGUUACGACACAGUUUAGGCUGUGAAUAUUUUUCCUGUACACAUGGUUUCUGUGUUAAAUAAACCUGUAUUGUGCCGUGAAUGUUGAAGCAUUUUAACUGUUUGUGUGGUACAGAAUG